UUUAUGUGAAAAAAUAGAACAGAAUUUACACAAUCCCGAAUUUGAUUUGCGUCAAUCCAAAACCCUAGGGUUUUCCAUCGUCUCUUCUUCAGUGUCCAAAAACCCCCAAGCCUUGGGCGCGGAGGACUGCAGAGCCCAUCACAAUGUCGAUGUCGAAGAGCUCCAAGAUGCUGCAAUUCAUAAACUACCGAAUGCGAGUGACGAUCCAAGACGGUCGGCAGCUCGUCGGCAAGUUCAUGGCCUUCGAUCGCCACAUGAACCUCGUCCUCGGCGACUGCGAGGAGUUUCGCAAGCUCCCGCCAUUGAAGGGCAAGAAGAGCAACGAGGAACGCGACGACCGUCGAACCCUAGGCCUCGUCCUCCUCCGCGGCGAAGAGGUGAUCUCCAUGACCGUCGAGGGCCCACCUCCUCAGGAAGAGUCACGUGCCAAGGCCGCCAGCGCCGCCGCUUUGGCUGGCCCCGGUUUGGGCCGGGCCGCCGGUCGAGGUAUCCCCACUGCUCCACUGGCCCAGGCACAGCCCGGUCUCUCCGGCCCGGCUCGAGGCGUGGGUGGGCCUGCCCCCGGCAUGAUGCAGCCGCAGAUUUCACGCCCUCCUGUUCCGAACCUCUCUGCGCCGCCUAUGUCGUACCCGGCUGCUCCGGUGAUUCGUCCGCCUGGGCAGAUGCCUGGAUAUCCCGGUCAGGGCCCACCACAGAUGGCGCGGGGUCCACCGCCUGGUGUGCCGCCUCCACAGUUUCCGAGGCCUGGUGGCCCACCUCCGCAAUUCCAGGGCCCACCUCAGAUGCAGUUUGGGCAGAGGCCAAUGGGUCCUCCGCCGCCUGGGCAGAUGAUGAGGGGCCCACCUCCUCCGCCUCGACCCGGCAUGCCUGGUCCACCACCGCAUCGUCCUGGGAUGCCUCCUCCACCUGGUGGUCAAGUUCCUGUGUUUGGACCCCCUCGUCCUGGAAUGCCACCUCCACCCAACCCUCAGAACCAGCAACAAAAUCAGCAGCAGCAGUGAUUGGCAUGUCACAGGGUGUGCUCUUAAUGUUUUCUUAGGGCUGGUGGUUGCAUAGAGUAUCAGUUUUCUGAACGGGUUUGAGCCUGCGCGAGAUUUCCUCUUGUACCUUGGGAGUUCUGUAGCUGUUACUGUUAUGAUGUGCUAAAGCAUUGACCUGGAUAUUUGUACAAUCUGACUGCUACAAUUCUAUCAAUUCGGUUUUGUCAAUUACUAAUUUACUAUUGAAAUUUGAAACGCA